UCUGUGCCUUUCACUGGACGUCCAGAUGGAGGAUUAUAUCUUCUAGCAUAUGUUGCUACAAGUCUCGUGAAACCUAAGGUACCUUAGAGAGUCGAUCUGGAGCUCAGAAGAUCGCAAACGGCAAAUCACUUCUAGAUGUACAAGCAGCUUCGUUUCCGCAGUUUUUGUAGAAAAAAAUUGUACAUCAGGCUUAGGAUAGCACUUCCAGUAUCUACCGACCACCCAUUCAGAUUGCGAAAUACUGCUUAGAAUUUGUUAGUAUCAGAAAGGUCUUUUUGAACUGUUUAGACACGAGUAGACCAAGAGCAGAGCGUCCUUAGUGCGAGUAUUACCAAAAGCCUGCGUACGUUGGAGGUCUAUGUCUCGGCGAUUGGAAAGUUGCUAUUCGGCAUCUCGACAUAAAUUUUGUGUACUCUUCGUCUACGAGAGAGCAAAGAUGCAAAGAACUUCCCAGGCCCGUUCCUUACUUCGUGAACGAAUUCCAGAAUUCCUUCUCGGGGCAAUUUCUGGGCAAUGGAGAUAACGUCAUGUGAUAGCGUUCUUCGGUGCCGGCUCCAGGUUUUCCCGGCGGCCGACUCUGGAGCUCUCUCAUAUGUUUCCCAGCCCACCAGGGUUCAACAGGUACAGUCAUGAGUGCAUGGCCUUCAUGUUACUUAUUUGCAAAGCUGUAAGAUAUCGGACUAGUAUAUCAUACGUUGCCACGAUUUCCUUUCAUCGCCCCUCGUGGCACCUUCAGAACAAAUGGCGACCUCCAACACCUGGUAUCAGUGCUGGGCUACACGAUCCGAUGGAUGUCGAGAGACUUUCACUGGCAGAGAUGGGGCCAGAGAACUGAACGAGCCAAGUGCAGCACAGAUGGAUGAUACGCCAAAGCCUCCGAAAAACAGCAAGGAAGCAGCUCCCAAGUUUCUCAUCAUGGACUACUACAAGAAGCUGGAUCCCAAGGAUGCGAAAGCAAUGGAGUGGAGGAGAAAGCUCGGUGGAAUGAUGAUGACCAUCAUGGUACCAGAGGACAACAAGACCUUGAAGCGCAGAAAAUGGAUCCUGAAGGAAUUCCCAGAAGGUUACGAGCUUUGGGAGCAUUUGAAGUACAAAGUUCUGGCAACCAAGGCUAUGGAUAGUCAGAAAUAUAAGCCGUAUAAUGGGAUAUUCGAAAGACAAGAUGCUUAUUUGUAUGGACAUCCCGAAGGACGCAAGAAGAGGUUCCGCAGCCCAGCAGAUUUCGUCCCUCACCUCCUGUGGCUCGAAUCGGAUAAAGAUAGUGACAGGGCGAAUUGCUCUUGCAAACUCUGUAGCCCAGACAAAGAUGAUGAGCAGCCAGCUGAUAUCAAGACCGACGAGAUCCAAGCAGAUCCAUCUUUAAGGCCAAACUCAGUUCCCCAAGUUGCAACACCAAACCCGAACCCUCAAGCUCUGGCAGCAGCAACUCCGAAGCCCCAAUCUGCACCAAAGCCUACACCUUCAAUUCCCAAAAUGGCAGUGCAAUCCCCAGAGCAACAGUACGACAGUCAAGCUGGUGGACCAUACUUAUACAGACCUGGAGAGCUCGUAUGGUGGGAAAAUCAGCCUGCGAACAAUUGGCGGUUGGGUGUAAUUGCAAAGCGAGGAUUGAUAAACAGCAAGCCACGAUAUCUUAUACAGCCUCUCUCGAAUCCGCUGCAACCUCAACCUACCCGAAUUCUGGACAAGGAGAGCUCGCUUCGACCCUGGUUGGCAUGGAGCCUACCGAACACUACUUUGCCUGCACUUCAAAACAUGACAUUCGAAGCUGUACCGUGGGACCGCGUUGUGAGCCAGGGACAAUUCGACCAAGGCCGCGACUUUGUGGUGGAUGGCAGUAUACUUGCAGCGAGGAGUAUUGAUGCCAGCUAUUCGUUCUUUGACCGAAUUGAGAAGGCACUGGCAGGUCCUGGCGAGGUACAUUACAAUGGAAUGUUCUUGGGAGGCGAAAAGGUUUGGGUAGGCGAGCCUGUCCGGUUGAAGGUCCCGCCAGCAAUUGGACGUAAUGCACCCGACAUUUCAGUGCUCAUCAUCAGCAAGCUGAUUGAGCAAACACUCCCAGACUCGUCAUCAGUCACAAUCGUUGGUGAAGUAUAUAAAUGGGUCGAGAUGCCUACUCCAUACAAUAAUCGAUCCGAAUGGCCAACCCCAGAUCUCCCUUCAAGGAUGGUAGCCGACCUCCGUUUCCGAAACGAAGUGGCAGACGCAGCAAAGACAGGCACCUGGUAUGAAUGGCGACUCCUGGAUCCUCUCGCCAAGAAGACCUUGACAGACAUCAAAGGUCGUUGGUACGAUACCAGAUCACUUCUCCCAGUCAUAGCUGGCGUACAGAGAUUCCAACAGGAUGCAGCAGCCGGCAAGUUUCAAGAUGUGAACGAAGCAAUGAAUUCCAGGCUCGAUGGAGAUAAGCUCCCCAACCAGAGACGCAAGAAUAGAGCAGAUACUCUCGGUCAAGCUGUUCCUCCUGACUUCAAAGUCAGUCGAGGGUUGGCUGGUGAUCCUGUUGACGACGUGUUCCCUGAUCAGCAGCCGCCCGUAGGGGAAAAUCAGUAUAUGAAUAUGGGUCAACAAUUUUAUGGGUGACAUUGAGUGGUGUCUCAGGAGUUUAUAAGACGUGAGGAUAUGUAAAAACAACGGGAAUGGAUGGCGUCGGUGGAAAAGCUUAUUGGCUUUUAAUGCUCGAUGAUUUAUUAUGAAUGGUUUCGCAUGUCAGAAUAGAUACCCAUGUAGGCUUGCUAGCAAUAUCUCUAGCUGAACACAUAGAAUCGUCAGCAUAUAGUCAUAUUCUUCAUACUUGUUCAAGUAAGACUGCAAGUUUAGCCACUAGACAUGUAGAUUUUGGUUCCUCGAAAAGACAUCUACUUGCUUUGAGGCAGAGGCUGGCUUCGUG